GCUGGUAGUCAAAGAACGCCGUGGGAAGGAAAAUAACAUUGGUCCACAAUUCUCCGUUUUUCGCAAAUUUUCUUCGCUUUUUCCUUUCAUUUUCCAUAGCAGAAGACUCAAAGGAAAUAAUGGCAGCGUUGCUGGACGGAGUAUUUGAGGGUGAACUUCAGAAGAAAGUCGCCACUUCGCGGAUCCUGGUUGUGGGGGCGGGCGGAGUGGGUUGUGAAGUGCUUAAAAAUCUCGUGAUGUGCGCCUUCCAGAACAUUGAGAUUAUUGAUCUGGACACAAUUGAGGUGAGCAACCUGAACCGGCAGUUCCUGUUCCAUCGAGAGCAUGUGGGGAAGUCGAAGGCGCAGGUGGCGAGAGAAAGUGCACUGGCAUUCAAUCCUGACACGAAUAUUGUGGCUCAUCAUGACAGUAUUACUGACACAAAGUUCGGCGUGACUUACUUUCAGGGUUUUGAUGUGGUGCUGAAUGCCCUGGACAAUCGUGUGGCGAGGAACCAUGUGAAUAGGAUGUGCCUGACAGCAAAGGUUCCUCUUAUCGAGACAGGCACUUCAGGGUACAAUGGUCAGGUGGAGCUGAUUCAGAAGGGUGUCACGCCAUGCUACGAGUGCACACCGAAAGCAAAAGAGAAGACAUUUCCGGGCUGCACGAUUAGAAACACGCCCUCAGAGUUGAUUCACUGCAUCGUGUGGGCGAAGCAUCUCUUCAAUCAACUCUUCGGUGAAGACAAUGCGGAUGAGGAUGUGUCGCCAGACACUGCGGAUCCCGAGGCGGCUGGAGAUGCGGGCCAGGAGGCACUGGAGACACAGAGCAAUAAUGUGGGCAACGUGGAGAGGCAGAGCACGCGUGCCUGGGCGCAGAGCAUUGAUUACGAUAGCGAGAAGCUCUUCAACAAACUUUUCCAUGACGAUAUCAAGUAUCUCCUGAGCAUGGCGAAUCUCUGGAAGAAGCGCACACCACCGGAACCACUCAAAUUCGGCGUGGGAACGGCCACGGGUUCUCAGACUGAGGAUUAUGAGGGAAUGGCGCGCGAUCAGAAGGUGUGGAAUCUGGAGAAGAGCACUCAGGUGUUCAGUGAGAGUGUCUCGGCACUCAGGAGUGCCCUCAAGGCUCUUCCUAGCGGUGACACUCUCGUCUGGGACAAGGAUGAUGCAGAUGCAAUGGAUUUUGUUACUUCAUGCGCCUGCAUUAGGGCCACAAUCUUCCACAUCGCCACGAAGAAUCGAUUCGAAGUGAAGAGCAUGGCGGGUAAUAUUAUCCCCGCAAUCGCUACGACGAACGCAAUUGCGGCUGGAAUGGCAGUACUGCAUCUGCUGAAAGUCCUCAAGGGUCAAAUUGAGUCCUGUCAGUCCGUGUACAUGCGACUCCGACCGAAUCCGCAGAACCAGAUCAUCGUCCGAGAGAAAUUUCUGGCCAAGCCGAAUCCCGAGUGCGCCGUGUGUUCCGUGAAGCCACAGAUUGUGGUGCGCGUGAAUGUGACUGCGAUGCUUGUGGGCGAUUUCCGAAAGAGCGUUCUUCUGGAGAAACUGGGCACGAAGACGCCUGACGUGAUUCUGGAUGGCAAGGGCGCUAUCGUGAUUAGUUCAGAGGAGGGCGAAGAGGAUCUCAAUGAUGCGAAAUUGCUGCAAGAGAUGGGAAUUGUGGAUGGGUGCAUCCUGAAGGUGGACGAUUUUCAGGAUAACAAUCAAAUCACUCUGGUGAUAGUCAACGAUGAGAAGCAAGAUGCCAAGUCUUUCGAAGUCACCAUUGACGCUGGAGCGGAAAAGAAAAUACCUGAAGAGGAGGAGGAGAAGGAGAUUUCUCGAGAGGAACCAGAGGAGGAGGAGCCGGCGGCCAAGAAGCCCAGGAUGGAGGACAGUGAGCCGGGCAGCAGCAAACAACCAGUGGAAGACGACGACAGUGAUCUGGAGAUUAUAGAGUCAGAUGAUGAAGUUCCAGCCCCGACCACCAGUACCGCCGGGACAAAAAGAAAGUCUGGUCUGGAGAAAGAGGAGGAGCCGACGGAGAAGAAGCAGAGAGUAAUUGAGACCUUCUCAGUCGAUGAUGAUGAUGACGAUGUGGUCUGGGUGGAUUAGAAGCGAUGCAGUCUUGCUAUUUAUCUUCAAUGUCAUACAUUCAACUAUAUUUUCAAUUAUAUUUCAAUAAAAUGAUGAGAAGAGAAAAAAAUCUGGGAAUUUGAACA